ACGAGACUUUUAUGCGAACGAAAAACAAAACUAUAGAGACAGAAGACAGAACUAGUCAAGCAUUUCUGCAGAUAACUUAAUUACAAGCCCGUGUCGUGUGGUUAGCAAUUGUGGCCAUCGAAUCGAGCCUCUUUCAACAAGAUAAAAUUCAAUUCAUCAGUCAAUCCGAUGCGUACCAGAUUUGAUUUGCUCACAUAACGCGGUUUAAAUUGGGAGAGUGCUUGAAGUAGAAUUGUUGGAAGCAAAAUGGGAGGGGUGUGUGCAGGUGGGACGAUGCAGCCGAAGUCAGAAGUCCGAGAGCAGAGGUCGGGGUUUUCGGGGAAGCUCAAAUCGAUAAGGAGUUUCACUAAGAAAAAGGAGGAUCGUUAUUCCUAUUCCGAUGUGGACGUUUUCGAGAAGAAUUCACAGAGUUAUGAUUCCGGCGAACUUGGGUUGUCCAUUUCCGGCGAACUCAAGCAGUCAACUCCUGCUAGGACAGGGCAAAGCAAGGUGCCUCAGAUGAGCUCAUUUUUGGGAAGAGCUGGAAUUGUGGGCCUAGAGAGGGCAGUGGAAGUUCUAGACACACUUGGAAGCGGCAUGUCAAACUUGAAUUCCAACAGUGGGUUUAUCUCUGGCAUGGCUUCAAGGGGGAAUAAAAUCUCCAUUUUGGCAUUUGAAAUUGCUAAUACAGUUGCCAAAGGUGCAAAUUUGGUGCAAUCUCUUUCUCAAGAAAAUGUCCAGUUUCUAAAAGAGGAGGUUUUACAUUCAGAAGGAGUGCAGCAAUUAGUUUCUAAAGACAUGAAAGAGUUGCUAAGUAUUGCUGCUGCUGACAAAAGGGAAGAAUUUAAUGUUUUCUCCCGUGAAGUAGUUAGGUUUGGAGAUCUAUGUAAAGACCCACAAUGGCACAACUUGGGCCGAUUUUUUUCAAAAUUGGGCUCAGACCAUGCAAUCAAUAAAACACUAAGAGAGGAGGCAGAAAUGACAAUGCAAGAGUUGACUAACACAGCUCAGCAUACUUCUGAACUAUAUCACGAAUUGAAUGCUUUGGAUAGAUUUGAACAAGAUUAUCGGCGGAAGCUUGAAGAAUUACAGUCCUUAAAUCUCCCUCGUAAAGGAGAGAGUGUCAUGAUUUUACAAAGUGAGCUAAAAAACCAAAGAAAACUUGUGAGGAGCUUGAAAAAGAAAUCUCUUUGGGCUAGGAGUUUGGAGGAGGUCGUGGAGAAGCUUGUUGAUAUUGUUACUUUCUUACAUCAAGAGAUCUCAGAAGCAUUUGAAGAUAAUGGUUUGGUUUUGGUUGGCACAGAGCGUGAUAACAAACCAGAAAGACUAGGUGUAGCCGGUCUUGCACUGCACUAUGCCAACUUAAUCAAUCAGAUAGACAACAUUGCAUCUCGGCCUACCUCCCUUCCUGCUAACAUGAGAGACCAACUAUAUCAUGGGUUGCCAAACAGUGUCAAGAUUGCUCUACGUUCUCGGUGCCAAACCAUUGAUACCAAGGAGGAGCUUACAAUUCCUCAAAUUAAAGCUGAAAUGGAAAAGACACUUCAAUGGCUUGUUCCGGUGGCUACAAACACUUCCAAGGCUCAUCAAGGUUUUGGGUGGGUUGGAGAGUGGGCGAACACCUGUAAUGAGUUUGGCAAGAAGGGGGACACCCAUAAUAACGUGAUUCGCCUCCAGACGCUUCAUCACGCAGAUAUGCACAAGACAGACCACUACAUCCUUGAAAUGGCAGCAUGGCUUCACCGUCUAAUCAGUGUUGUGAGACACAGAGAUAAUGGAAUCUGCAGAGCUUUGCCAGUUCGAUCUCCAACAGGCAAAGGACUGCAUCUGCAGCCAGUGACGAUGCAGCGACUCCCAUCCCUGAUUGAUUCUCCAAAGGUCCACAGUGCCCAAUUGUCACUAGAAGAUAGAAAUUUAUUGGAAAAAGUGAUGAACCGGAAAAAGUUGGGUCCUGGAAUAAGCAAAAGUCAGGAAUUUGGUUUGGCCAAGAAGAGAGGGAGCAAAGUUUGGGCAUUGAGCAGGAGUACGGGGAACUCUCCGAGCUGGCAAUCGGAGGUUCCAAAAUCUUGUGUUUUGGAUGUAAUGGAUGGAUUAGAUACAAUAUUUUGAGAGCAUUCAUUAAAUUUCAUUAUGAGCAUUUUUUCUUCAUUUAUUUAUUAAAUAUUUACAUAUGUUUAUUCUCUCAUUGUUGUAUAUACCUUUUUGCAUAUGGUCUUAGAUUGAUAUAUGGAACACAAUUAAGAUUUUGUGGACUCA